AUGCAGAGGCAACGUUGGCCGCGGCGUCGGACGCCGGUAGCUUGCUUAUUCAUGUCACAUCAAGCUUUUCUUAGCACGUUCAAACACGGUAACUCUGUUGCAUUAAUAAUUGAAACUCACACUCGCUUCUACCGUCUUCUUCCUCUUCUCAGGCAAACACUUUUUAUCUCGCCUUUUUCCGUUUUUAGUCAUACUUUCUCUUCCUAUACACAUUUCUUUCCUUUAUUUUUCUUUUUUAUCUUUUCAUUCAUCUUUCAUUCACUUUUCUGCGAUUUAUUUUUUAUUCCCUUUCGUUUCACUUAUUUUUCAUUCUUUUUACUUUCAUUUUUUAUUCUUUCCUUUUAUUUAGUUUUCAUUCGCCUUUCUUUAUUUCAUUGUUUUCUUUCAUUUAUUUUAUUUCUCUUUCCUUUAUUUGUUGUUUUUUUUUUCGUUUUUGCCUUAAUUGAUUUUUCUUUCAUUUUGUAUUUUUUCCAUUUAUUUAGUUUUCAUUUGUCUUUCUUUAUUUUAUUAUUUCCUUUCAUUUAUUUUUCAUUUUCUUUCCUUUAUUUUUCAUUUCUUUUCUUUCAUUUAUUUUUCAUUCCGUUUUCAUUCAUUUAUUUUUACUUUUUUCUUUCCUUUCACUUAUUUUUCAUUUUAUUUUCUUUAAUGUAUUUUUCAUUCUCUUUCCUUUUAACUUAUUUUUCAUUUUCAUUCUUUAAUGCAUUUUUUCAUUCUCUUUCCUUUAAUUUAUUUUUCAUUCUACUUUCCUUACCUUUAUUAUUAUCUUUCAUUUCUUUUCCAUUCAAUUUUCUUGUUUCUCUCCAACUUUCUUGCCUUUUACAAUUUUAUUCUUCUAUACACAAACCGCUUUCCUCAUUUCUCAGACCCAUUUAUAAAGAAUUUCUUUCUUUUUUUUUAUCUCUCUUUCUCUCGCCAGUUGUAACGUUAUCCUUCUGUUCUUUGCUGUAA